AUGUUGCACAUGACCUCAUUGAUCAAAAACAUGUCACCACGCUCGACAGCUAGGCUUUCGUUUCACUGCAAUCCAUUCGGCCAGUAUCGUAUCCAAGGCGCUGCUCCUCCUACAAUCGUUCGAUCUGUCUGACGGUUCUUCGAAGCCGCUGCUCAACCAGCUCCAAUAGUCAUCAUUGGCUGUAGUUCUAGAAAAGAAGAGAUUGAAAGACCAGAUGGCACAGAUCGACACCAACCAGGAUCUUCCGCCAGACUAUACGGUAGAUGCUGGUACUGUCUCAGAGAACUUGCCGCCAGAUACACUCCGCCUGGCUGGCCGAUUCGUCCACUCCGCCAACACCCGGAAUGCGGAUGCGCCGGGAAUCUUCGAGAUCAACCACCAGAUAGACUUCUUACGAGAAACCGAUAGACUAGUGGAGUUCAGCCGCAUCGACUACAGCAUCAAGAGACGUCUCAAUGAGUCGAACCAUCUGCCCGAAAUUGUCACAAACUCGAGGCACAUCUUCAACUUGGAGCGCCCUCCAGCCAUUCUCCAGGAGACUUUCCCGUACUACAUCAAACCAACAUCUCGAAGUGGCCUGGGCAGCAUUGGGCUCAAGUUUUUGAAAGUCGGCAAAAGCGAAUGCAAGGCCUGGCUGGUGGGCCGGCGAAAGGCGAGUGACAGGACCGAGUAUUACGAGGCGCGAGAGCUACUGUUCGACGUUCGCCGCAAUAACCAAGUUUUCGACUGGCUUGACGGGAAUGGAACACGAAUAGCAGUUGAGGAGUCCAAGAGCGGCAUGUACAGUCUCAAUAUACUGGUAUCCCUGGACCGGGCGAUGCGAGAUGCGCUGGCGGCCGUGUGGUGUACCAGGCUUUGGUAUGUGCGAGCUGUGUUGUUCCAUAAGAAACGUACCUGACCUCCACCAGGGAAACACAUCAUGCAAACCUGCACAUGGGAUCUGCCAAAAUGAGAUUUGGGGCCAAUGGUUGAACUCAGGGCGUGUCUCUUCAACUUUGUAACUUAUACCUUACAUAUAUCAACAGCCAAGACCUUGUGAUACCCCCUACUUCCCAUUUAAACUGCAUUCAACCACUUUACGCGGCGACAUUCGCAGUUCACCACUACCACCAGCCAUCUUCCCG